CACGCCCUCUCCAAAAGAGCGCAGGUAGGGCGUGGCGAGGACACUCUUUUUCCUGCACAUCAUCUGUAAUUAAACUACGCAAAGCGCUGAACUGCUGAAUAGCAAUUGGAGCUCGCUUGGGUCACUCAAAGGGCAUGAUGAAUUCAUACACGUGGAUUUUACUUCUGCUGGCAGGUCUCGCAGCAACCAAAGCGCAAGAAUUGGACCUAAGCGAUGCCUUUGGUGAUGAUGAUGAUGAGAUCCCCACAGAGAAGCCAAAAGAGAAACCACCCCCACCCAAAAAUGCAGAUCCAGGAUUUGAUUUAUCAGAUGCUUUUGAAUCAGAUAAAAAGAAACCAGCAUCUGGAGGUGAGCUGGAUCUAUCUGAUGCGUUUGGUCCAGAUACAGAGACCAAAAAACCUAUGGUCCCACCUAAAGAAAGAGAAACUGGUGGUAGAUCUUUUGAUGACAAUGAUCUUAUUGAUGUCAGUGAGCGAGGUGGAUAUAAACCCGAUGGAGGCGGCAGUAGAGGGCGAGGAGGAGCCCCUUCUUCUGAUGAUCAAAGUGGUGGAGCUGAGCAACCUCAAGGCGGAGCUCUGGCUGCCAUCAUCAGUUCUGUAGGAGUUGCUGUUCUCGGGGCUGCCUCCAGUUACUUUGCGUAUCAGAAAAAGAAACUUUGUUUUAAAGUGCAAGGAGGGGAAGAUCCAGAGAGUGGCAAAAGCCAUGGUACUAAUUCCGAGCCACAAGUUCUCAGUAACCUGCUCCGUUCAUCAUAACUGAUGCUGGAUCUGAGCACUGAAAGAAUAUAUGCACUAAGCAUGUACAGAUAUGGAGAGCCUAACCCUAUGGGAAACAUCUGUUUUGUAAAAUGCUGGGCUUAGUGUAAGUGUAAAAACAUUAGUGUCUUUUUUUUUUUUUUUUUUUUUUUGGGAUGCUUUACAAUUUAUGUUGUACUACCUUUAAGAAUGUGUUUUUCUUUUUUUAUUAAAUUUUUUGGAUUUAACAUUUCUGUAACACUCUACGAUAUUUGACACUUUAUAAAUGCUAAUGUAUUUACUAACAUGAACAAACAAUGAACAAUAUUAUUCAUAUUUGUUAACGUUGAAUAAUAAAAGUACAAUUGUUUAAUGUUAGUUCAUGUUAACUCACGGCACAUCAACUAAUGUUAACAAGCACAGCAUUUAGAUUUUAAUGAAUUGUUUAUCAUUAGUUCAUGUUAGUAAAUAUCUAACUUCAUGUGCACCAGAUUGCAAAGUGUUACCAACGUUUUCUCUUGACUAAUUAAUCUUUGGAGGAUGUAGAGUUCUGUCACUAAACUGCUUUUAAUGCUGUUUUGCUUUAAAAUAGUUCCAUUGUAAGAAACUCCACUUUACACUGACAAAGUUGUUACUAUUUUUGUAGAUGUAUACAGCAAGUUUCAUGAGGGACUUGCUUUUGUUAAGUGCAAGCUGUCUAUACAGAUGAAUACAAAAGUUAUCCUUUUGUUCAUUCUUACACAAUAUGUUUGUAUUGAAGCGUUUUUAACAUUUAGAUAGAAAUCUAUAAUAAUGCUGAUGAGAACCUCACUGAUCUUUUUAAAAAAUGUCAAUUAAAAGAUAAAACAAUCAUGAGUACAUUUAAAAUUGUGGAAUGCAAGUUAAUUUUGUUUUUGCAUGUUCUUUAUUUAAAUGUAUUUAAAAUUCAAUGUAUUCAUUCAUAAAUACUGCUUCAGAAACAUACAAAUUUAAGAAUGCCCAUUUUCAUGUUAUUAUAUCAUUGAAAUUCUUGUUUUAUUGUCUGUGUGUGCUUUUGUUUUUAACAUACACUUGCUGUUACUUCCUUUAAUAAAGCCACUGCCAUUCCUAAAUUUAAUUUUUUUUUUAAUUUU